AUCAACACUGAUUCACACCCCAUAUUUAGAAAAUAAAAAUACCCCUUAUAAAUCUCAUAAACCCUUGUUAUCAGCUGCAAAAAGCCCUCGGCUAGGGUUUUAUUCAUCCACAAUCACUCACAAAGAUCAUCUCACCAGAGGUUGCAAGAUACAACCAUGGCGUUUUUCAACAGAGCUGGAAGUAUACUAAGGCAGACUGUGAGUAAGCACAUCAGCCAUGAAAUGUCAGCAGCAAGCGCAAGUCCAUCGCUCUUUCAGAUGAUAAGAUGCAUGUCGAGUUCCAAAGUUUUUGUGGGAGGAUUGGCAUGGGCUACUGAUGAUACGAGCUUGCGCGAAGCUUUUAGCGCAUAUGGGGAAGUCUAUGAAGCUAGAGUGAUCAUGGAUAGAGAAACUGGCAGGUCUAGAGGUUUUGGCUUUGUUACUUUUGCGGAUGCUGAGACUGCUUCUGCUGCAAUCCAGGCGAUGGAUCAAAGGGAGUUGCAUGGUCGAACUGUGAGAGUGAACUAUGCCAAUGAUAGACCACAAGGUGGUGGCUUUGGUGGAGGUGGUGGCGGUUUCCGUGGUGGCUAUGGUGGAGGUGGUGGUGGCUACAGCGGAGGUGGUGGUUAUGGUGGAGGUGGUGGCUACGGUGGAGGUGGUGGCUAUGGCGGAAACAGUUAUGGUCCUGGGAGUGGUGGUGAUAUGGCUGGAAGUGGUGGUUAUGGUGGAAACAAUUAUGGUCCUAGUGGCGAUGUGGCUGCAAGUGGUGGCUUUGGGGGAAACAAUUAUGACAGUGCUGGUGGUGCUUUUGGCGGUGAAAGCCAAAACUUUGGUGGUGUUGGUGGCGGUGAUAGCUUUGCCAGUGAUAGUGCCGACGCUGCUGCUGAUGGUCCAGUAGAAGGAAGCUACAGGGACAAUGAUGAGUCCGAUGACUUUGCCAAAAGGGCUUGAUCUUUGCACUUGAGUUUAUUUUCAACCGGACUGCUGUUUGGAGCUUAUUAUGGUCUGUUAUUUUCAGUGUUUAUUUUCUGAGUGUUUAAACUCCGCAAUAUGUAAACUUUGCAUCUUACGGUCUCAGUCAGCUAAAACUUCAUUCAUGCUUGUAAGAACAGUUAGUGUUCUUGGGGUUAAUAGAAUAUAAAGAUUGAUUCCUCUUUUUGAA